CAGGCCGAUGCCCUGGGCCCCUAGGAUAGUCAGCUUCGCCGCAGCGCCUGAUGAGCAUGCUCCGCCGCGCUCUCCUGUUCGGCCACCGCCUCCGCCGAGGCUUCUCCUCGGGUGCGGACCUUCCUCCGCCGCGCCCAUCUGCCUGCCGCCGCGUGGUCGUGACGGGGCUGGGCGCCGUCACGCCGCUCGGCCGCGGCGUCGGGUCCACCUGGGACCGCCUCGUGGCCGGAGACUGCGCGGUGCGCGCGCUCGCCGCGGAGGACCUACGCCUCACCGGGGAUGCCGCGGGGAGGACGUUGGAGCAGCUCCCAUCGAGGGUCUUCGCCGCCGUGCCGCGCGGGAAGGGCGAGGCCGAGUUCGACGAGGAGGCGUGGACCAAGGACAGUAGAUCUAUAUCGGGAUUUAUAGCAUAUGCUCUAUGUGCAGCUGAUGAGGCUUUGAGAGAUGCAAAUUGGCUGCCCUCGGAAAAUGAGAAGAAGGAAAGAACGGGUGUUUCAAUUGGUGGGGGAAUCGGAAGCAUCUCAGACAUUUUAGAUGCAUCACAGCUGAUUGCUGAAAAUCGUCUACGUCGUCUCAGCCCAUUCUUCAUCCCCAAGAUUUUGAUCAACAUGGCAUCAGGUCAUGUCAGCAUGAAAUAUGGUUUCCAGGGUCCAAACCAUGCUGCCGUGACAGCUUGUGCCACAGGCGCUCAUUCUAUUGGCGACGCUACACGGAUGAUUCAAUUUGGAGAUGCAGAUGUGAUGGUGGCUGGAGGAACAGAGUCUAGUAUUGAUGCUUUAUCUAUAGCUGGAUUUUCUAGGUUAAGGGCAUUGUCUACAAAGUAUAACUCUCUUCCACAAGCAUCUUCGAGGCCAUUUGAUUGUGGCAGAGAUGGAUUUGUGAUUGGUGAAGGCUGUGGAGUCAUGGUGUUGGAGGCACUUGACCAUGCAAUGGAACGAGGCGCAAAAAUUUAUGCAGAAGUUCGAGGCUAUGGCAUGUCUGGUGAUGCACACCACAUAACUCAGCCACAAAAUGAUGGUAGAGGUGCUAUCUUAGCCAUGGAGAGGGCAUUGGAACAGUCAGGGCUUCAGGCAGAUCAAAUUGAUUAUUUGAAUGCGCAUGCAACAUCAACUCCUCUCGGGGAUGCUGUGGAGGCAACUGCAAUAAAAUCUGUCUUUGGCCACCACGCGACAUCCGGUGGUCUUGCGUUAUCCUCAACUAAGGGAGCAAUCGGUCAUCUGCUAGGGGCGGCUGGUUCAGUGGAAGCAAUCUUCACCGUGCUAGCAAUCCACCAUGGAGUGGCGCCGCCCACGCUCAACCUGGAGCAGCCCGACCUGCUGUUUGAGGGCGCGUUCAUGCCUCUAACCGCCGCCAAGAAGAUGCAUAUACGGGCCGCCAUCUCGAAUUCCUUCGGGUUUGGUGGAACCAACGCGUCGCUGCUGUUCUCGUGCCCGCCCUAGCGAUCCAGCAUCACCCUCCCUCUCUUCUGUUUUCCCCUUCGAAGAGGCAUACCAGAAUGUCGGGAGUUUUCCCGUCCGUGAACUUAAACGGGGGAAGGCACCAUCCGCGUUGAGCAGGAGUUGGGGGGUUUCAAGCACUGACCAUUGUGCUGUGCUCCCUCUGAAUCCGGAGCAUCGCCCAACUUGUGGGUGUUGAUUCAUCCCUCCGUUCCUAAAUACAAGACCGUUUAAAGAUUCUAAAUUUUUUCUGGAUCUAAGCAAAAUGUGUGGAUCUUGCACUCUAAAAUACGGAGUAUGCCUAUAUACGUCCGUAUGUAGUUCAUAUUGAAAUCUCUAAAAAGGCUUAUAUUUAGAAACUAUACUAUACUACAGUAUGCGAACUUA